AUGCACGAGCACACCCUGGCCAGGGCGUGGGAGGCGACGGUGCGCAAGGUGCAGCAGCAUCCGCAGCCCGGGGGCAGGCGCCGGGUCGCCCCCAUGCUGCCCGCCGACGACUCCGAGACGGCCUCCUCCUCGGCCUCCUCCUCCGCGGGCGUCGACGAUGCCGACCGCCAUCACCGCGACAUCCAGGAGGAGUACGUCGAGCGGGGCCUCCCCAACGGGGACUUCUACACGGGCCAGUGGCGGGCCGGCGCGCCGCACGGCGCCGGCAAGUACCUGUGGACGGACGGCUGCAUGUACGAGGGGGAGUGGCGGCACGGCAAGGCCACGGGCCGGGGCAAGUUCUCCUGGCCCUCCGGCGCCACCUACGAGGGCGACUUCAAGGACGGCUUCAUGGACGGCGACGGCACCUACACCGGCGCCGCCGGGGACACCUACAAGGGGGCCUGGUCCAUGAACCUCAAGCACGGCCACGGCAGGAAGAGCUACGCCAACGGCGACCAGUACGACGGCGACUGGCGCUCGGGGCUGCAGGACGGCGCCGGCCGCUACAUCUGGCGCAACGGGACCGAGUACGCCGGGGAGUGGCGGGCCGGCCUCAUCCACGGCCGCGGCGAGCUCGCCUGGGCCAACGGCAACCGCUACGACGGCGGCUGGGAGGACGGCUGCCCGCGCGGCCAGGGCACCUUCCGAUGGGCCGACGGCAGCGUCUACGUCGGCUUCUGGACGCGCGACGGCCCCGGCGGCAUUGUCCAGCAGAAGGGCGUCUACUACCCGUCCCCGGCGGCGUCGUCCCCGACGGCGCGCGACCCCCGCGACGUCUUCGCCAGGGAGUUGCCGGGCUUCAUGGGCGGCGGCGCCACCGAGUCCAUGCCGCUGCACAGGCCGCUCAACAGCUCGGGCAACCGGACGGCCAAUGGCCGGGCGAGCUCCGUGUCCGGGAUGAGCAAUUGCUCCGGCGGCGACCGCAAGUACGACAAGAUUUGCAUCUGGGAGUCGGACGGCGACAUCACCUGCGACAUUGUGGACGGGGCCGCCCUGGUGGACGACGCGCGGAGGAGCGUGAGGACGGAGGACGGCGCGGAGGGCGGGGCGCUUCUGCCGCCGCCGUCCCCGGCGCCGCGCAUCGCCAAGUGGGUGUCCCCGCGGCAGGCCAAGCAGCAGGGGGAGACCAUCGUCAAGGGGCACAAGCACUACGAGCUCAUGCUCAACCUGCAGCUCGGGAUCAGGCAUGCAGUUGGGAAGCAAGGCCCGGUUACGCUUGAGCUCAAAUCAUCGGCAUUCGAUCCCAAGGAAAAAGUGUGGACAAAGUUCCCUCAGGAAGGCUCGAAACACACUCCACGGCACAAUUCCUGCGACUUCAGAUGGAAGGAUUACUGCCCACAGGUGUUCCGGACAUUGCGCAAGCUGUUCAAGGUGGAUGCUGCUGACUACAUGUUGUCCCUCUGUGGAAGCGAGGCUCUCCGGGAGCUCUCGUCUCCGGGUAAGAGCGGAAGCUUCUUCUACCUGACAAACGACGACCGGUACAUGAUAAAGACAAUGAAGAAAUCUGAAGUGAAGAUGCUUUUGAAGAUGCUUCCAGCUUACUACAAUCAUGUCCGUGCGUUCGAGGAUACUCUAGUGACCAAAUUUUUCGGCCUACAUUGUGUUAAGUUAGCUGGCGCAAACCAGAAGAAGGUUCGCUUUGUCAUAAUGGGGAAUCUAUUCUGCUCUCAUAAUUCUAUCCACAGGCGUUUUGAUCUGAAAGGCUCGUCUCUUGGCCGCACGACUGACAAGCCACAAACUGAAAUUGACCAGUAUACAACUCUGAAAGACCUUGAUCUAAACUUCAUAUUUAGAUUAAAGAAGCAAUGGUUUCAAGAGUUCCAAAGGCAAGUGGACAGGGAUUGUGAUUUCCUUGAGCAAGAGAAGAUUAUGGAUUACAGUCUCCUGGUGGGGGUACAUUUUAGGCAUAAUGGAGAGAAGCUUCUGACUGAAGGUUCCAUGGACAAUGAUACCAACACAGUAUCAACACUUCGGCUUUCAAGAGGAUACACAGAUCAAUUUCUUGCUGAUCCAAAUGGGCUGUCUAAAAUCAAACUCGGGACAAGUAUGCCUGCAAGAGCAGAACUGACUGCUAGGAAGAACGACUGCGAGCCGCAGCUCAUUGGAGAGCCAACCGGGGAAUACUACGAUGUUAUACUGUAUUUUGGGAUCAUAGACAUACUUCAAGAUUAUGACAUCAGCAAAAGGCUUGAGCACGCGUACAAAUCUUUCCAGUACGACCCGACCUCGAUAUCGGCAGUGGAUCCAAGGCAGUACUCGAGACGUUUUAAGGAUUUCAUAUACAAAGCAUUUCAAGAGGACAGCUGA